AGGGCACUGAAACAAGGUUCAAAAUUAAGUCGCACUUCGAAGAUAGUCUCACCCUUUGUUUUCGAUUGCGUUUUGCACAACAGUAGAAUUAAGUUUGAAUUUUUCUACUUUACUUUCUCGGAAAACUCUUAAAAAAGAAACAUGGGCCUGUUCGUGUUGCCAGAAGAUACCGGUGCCGGUUGGGGCCCGAGCGGCGAGUCGUCGUCGUCCCUGCCGAAGUAUCCGAUCGAGAACAUCAACAGGUAUUGAAUAAAGAUUUUUUUGUAGUUGUUUUGCAUGCGAAAAACGACGAUAUACCAUGUACGUGAUAUCGCUACGCAAAAGUGGUCUCCUUCCCGAAAAACACAAACUCCUCACCCCAGAUACCCCCCGGCGCGCGUGGGUAAAGCUUGCGACUUCACCCAGGCCACCCAGGACCGCAUUCGGCAGAUGCAGGCGCGUGACGCGGCACAGGGCGGCAAUAUGCAGGGCCGAAAACAGAACACCUGGGCGCAGCAACAGCAGCCGCUCGUGGUCGAGGACGGCUAUAACUUGGUGGACACAAAAGCGAGCGCGCGGAAGAAGCAGAACAGCGGCUACGCACAGAGGAGCCGACCGAAUUAUCAGCAAAGUAGAGAAGCUAAUGUCAGAUUUAUUUGUAAUGCGUAGAAAUAGAAUUAGAAUAAAAUACAGCUAGACCUAGAGCUGCAGAUGAAGUAGAAGUCGUGUAUGAAAACUUGUCGUGCGCGAAGCGGAAUGAGAUGAACCUGUGCUGUCUAGCGUGAUAUCCUUGUUCCGUCAAAACCUCCAACCAAAAUCACGCCCACAGUGAACCAGAACGCGAUUAAGCAGCAGAACUACCAGGAGGGUAUUUUGGGUAAAAACGCGAAGACCAAGCCCACCGACCCGAAGAAGGCCGCCGCGGCGAAGGGCAUAUCAAAUGCAAAAAUGUCUGGGUCUGGAAGGAUGCAAGGUUUGCCAUGCACAUUUUGCAUGACUCCUGAUGUCUGCGAUGCAUGCCCUAGCAUCACAGAUCUUGUGAGGGCUUUCUGAUGCCUAUACCGUAUGAGAAAUGCCCUCUCGCCGGGGCCAAAACCAGACCUCUUUUGCUGUUCAUGCAAUACAGAUUUUUGGAUAAUGCAGACGAAGCAUGACAAGUUGCAUUCUUCCAGACCCAGACACUUUUACAGUUGAUAGGGCAAGGGGAAGGGCAAGGGAAAAGGCUUCAACAACCGCCGGGGCAUGCAGGCGCCGACCUUCCGGGACUGGAGUGUGCCCGUCAAGAACGAUUGGGAGACUUUGGUGGAGUUCCCUUUGACCGGGUUUGUCAAGAUGGGCUUGGACGCAAGACAGGUGAAAGCCGAGGACUUGGUGUGGUGCGGAAAGCUCUACCACGUCAGCAAGGCCUUCGACCGGGUGAAUUUUCGGCAGGCAAAGCAGCUGCCGGUCGCCAACGACGUCAACUUUUACAACGUAUUCUGGUUGAUGAUAUGUUGCGAUUUCACUUUUUACAAAAACACAUUAUGUUAUCCUUUUGAUGCUACACCAGUGUUUAUUUGCAUGCACAAACAAAGUCACGUGGAAAAUAAGAUCAACAUCAAGCACGUCAAAUUACGCAUGACAACAAGAACCUUCUCCCAACAACAGCCCACCACCACCCAAGACGAGACUAUUGAGGCUCUGAUGACCGACGACUCCAGCAUUGAGGUCGCGGGAACGGAUCACAUCCUCGCCUGUCUCAUGGCCGCGGGGAGAAGUGUGUACUCCUGGGAUGUUUUGGUCCAGAAGAUCGGCAACAAAUUGAUCUUCGACAAGCGCGACGGCGCGCCGUGCGAUUUCACGACCGUGAACGAAACCGCGCAGGAACCGCCCAGCUACAACCCGGAAGACAAGGACAGCAUCAACGCACCACCCAAGCUGUCCCGGGAAGCCGCACGUACUUAUUUUUUGGAAAAAUUUUUUCGUGGCUGAUUUGGUGACUAAAGUUAUUUUUCAAGAACACGUGUGCAUGACAAUUCCUGAUCAUAGUGCUGUGUAUGUGUUUCGGCCUUACAAAUUCCACAACUAAAAACAGGUGUCAACCAGAACUUUUCCGAGUGCGUCGUGGAUCGCAAAAUCGACCCGGAGGAGCACGAGCCACACCCUUUUGGUGACGACGAAGAAGAGGAAGUGUCGGCAAUCUGCUACCGAUACAGAAAAUUCACCCUGCCAGGUAUCUAUAAUUAAAGUAACUGUGUGCUUCUUCAACACUGGGAUUUGAUGACAUAUAUGCACCUCACCACCUGCUGGCUUUUCUUCGCAGCAGCACUACAAGCUGCUGUGACAAUUAUGUUUGGAGUUGCGGACGACCGGCGCUGUGCAGGAGGAUGAAAUUUCAACGAGACGAUCUUCAAGCACACAAGAAUACACAACAAAUAGCCACGUCGAGUUGUGUCAAAAUAUGAAAAUAAACCACAGGUGACAAGAAAUCUCCGGACCCGCUCCGACAGCAGGACGUGGCGAUGGUGGUUCGCGCGGAAGUGAGCGGAAAAACCGCCAGCCAGUACGUGUCCGCAAAGUGCCUGAACUAUUUCGAGGCGAUAUUCUGAGUAAAAACGUCCCCACCCCAGAGUUGUGAUGCAAAUCUGCAUGCCAAAAAAGUUUCUCAUGCGGAACCCCAUGAGAAGCAUUUUCUAGCCGUGUUUGGGAAUUUGUGAUGCUAGAAUCAGCAUGAUGUGCUAGAUCUGUGAUGCUUUUCAACCAGCUAAACAGGAUUACGCUACGAGGACAAACUUGUCAUGCGAAACAACCAAAGCUGGUGGAUUUGUUAUAGCAGAUUCGUUCCGCAUCUUGACUGUGUUGUGGGGACGUUUUUCCUCAGGAUAGGCGAAGAAUUCCACUAUCACGUGGCGACAACACUUGGAGGCGCAGCCCGGUGCGGUCUUGGCGAACGAACUGAAAAACAACAGCUUCAAACUCGGAAGAUGGGUGGCGCAGGUAUAAUCAAUCUACAAAAAUGUAUCGCCACAGUGAAAGUAGGUCUGGCACCAGUGGACCGUGUCUGUACUUAAUUACAUGCGGGAUCUUUUUACCACAGCUAGAUGCCGUGGGCAUUACUCAAAAACUUGCAUAUAUGACAUGAAUACAGGCUAUCCUCGCCGGUUGCGAGCAGAUCAAGCUGGGUUACGCCAUGCGGCAGCGGGAGUCCGACCCCAUGUUGCACGAGCUGGUGUGCGUGCAGGCGCAGCCGACCAACCAGCUGGCGUCCCAGAUUUCCCUCUCCUUAAACAACGCGUUUGGCAUUCUCCGGCACAUCAUCGACACUUUGCGGGACCAGGAGGAUGGCUCGUUUAUCUUCCUGAAGGACCCGAACAAACCGAUCCUGCGACUCUACUCCGUGCCGGACGGGUGCUUUGAUCCGGAUGAGGAGGACGAGGAGGAGGAAGAUGGUGAGGACGAAGAGGACGCGUCGGAUGAUAUCCUGUGUAAAAACGUCCCCACCCCAGAGUUGUCAUGCAGAUUUGCCAUGACAGGAACAUUUGUGAUGCGCAACCCCAUGACAGGCAUUUUCAAUCGUGUUUGGGAACUUGUAAUGCUGUGAACAGGCUGAGCAGAUGAUUCUGUGACGCGGCUGCACUUGCUAACCUGCACUACACUGCAUAGUGCAACUUGUCAUGCGUGACUCACAAAACUCCUAGGUUUGUGUUGCAAAAUCCCAAUCCUGACUCUGAUGUGGGUACGUUUUUACUCAGGAUAGAUGACGACGCAUAAAGAAGAAAUUCAAGUUGCGGUCAGAUCAACAUCUUCCCUGGUCGUGCUGUCCUCUCAGUAGAAGAUGUUGACAUCACCAGGGGAAUUUCAAAAGUGCUUCUUGAACAAGAUGGCGCGGCUAACGGUGAAUUUCUACACGGAAGAGUAUGAGUAAGCACUUUUCGUUUUCGACGCGACCUCCAAAGGAACAUCAACAUCAUCGACAAUCGGAGAUGACACUGACAACUACCACACCGUCUUCCCACGACCGUCUCAACAAGCAGGAAGUGUACUGUUAAAGCAAGCAGCCGGAGUCAUGAAGAGAUCGUUAGGAAGAGCCAAAACGAUCCGCGCGGUUCAUCUCUUCUAAUGCUCUCGGCCGAGCUAGCUGUUUUGCGAUGCGACAAGGACGAAAAUUAUGUGUCAAGAGGAGAAGUCUUCUUGCGUAGGUUUUCUUGUGCAAGGGGUCGGCUCGUCUGAUGCGAUGAAGAAUAACCCAUAUUUUUAUUUUGCUUAUACGAAGUAGAACACUACACGACCAUGGAGUUAUCAAGAGCACAGAGACUGUUUCACAGUCGGACAUCAAACUUUUUCACUUUUAUUUCACCAAGCAAACUUACGCUGCAAACUCAAAUGAGAUUUUCUUCACCAUCUCAUCGCAGGAUAGUACAACUUCACACGAUAAUUUGAUACGCUCAACACUUCGAAUCCGUCGGAAGAAUUUUCAACACCGUUGAAUCACACGCCGGUUUGUUUCACGGUGCACAGAUUUUACGGUGUUUUGUUGUUCAGAAUUUAUUUCCCGGGCGCACCGCGGUUGUGGUUUUUCUUCUAUUUUUAAAAUGAACACAGCGC